AUGGCCUUCAGACACCCACUGACGUUAUCAUCGGCGUCGGUGUCACUGCUCCGGCAGUCAACCGUCGCUGCUCGGUCUCGCGCCACCACAUCUUCUCCCUUCAAUGCGGUCCGCGCCUCAUCCAGCAGCUCAACCUCUGCUCUGGCGUACAAGGCAUUGCAUCGCCGUUCCCCUCUUCCUCUUCCAGUGUCCGACGCUUCACCGCAGUGGGAUGCUCCCACUGCGGUCUCCUCCAUUCUCUACGAGACUCCCGUGCCUCCCAGCAAUCCCCCGAAGCGCCAUGUUCUGAACUGCUUGGUUCAGAACGAGCCUGGUGUGCUCUCCCGCGUUUCUGGCAUCCUGGCUGCCCGUGGGUUCAACAUCGACAGUCUGGUCGUGUGCAAGACCGAGGUGGAUGAUCUGUCUCGUAUGACAAUCGUGCUUCAGGGUCAGGAUGGUGUUGUUGAGCAAGCGCGGCGCCAGCUCGACGACCUCGUCCCUGUCUGGGCGGUCCUGGACUACACCGAGUCCGCUCUUGUCCAACGUGAGCUGCUGCUUGCCAAGGUCUCUAUUCUGGGCCCAGAGUUCUUCGAGGAGCUCCUGCAGCAUCACCGCGAGAUCACCACCCCUGCCGAUUCCCUGAAGGAAGGCCAGGGUCACAACAUCCAAGAGAUUGAGUUCCACCCUCGCAAUCUGCCUCCUAGCCAGGCUUUGCGCCACAAGCAUGAGCAUCUGGAUGCCAUCACCCGUCUGGCCCACCAAUUCGGUGGUAAGGUCUUGGAUAUCAGCAACAACAACUGCAUUGUCGAAGUUUCCGCCAAGCCCAGCCUCGACCCGUACCGGUCUCAUGGCUCUGCCUCGCUCCCCCUCUCCGAGCAGAGUGAAGAGCUCGAGAAGGAUGCCGCGGACGUCGUUGAUGCCAGCACCCUGCCCCCCGGCUAA